AUGUCUGGUUCAAGAAUCUUCACCGGCAACAUACCAUCUCGGCCAUGGUCCCUGUUCGACCCUGCCUACAUCCUAUGGUGUAUAUACUCCUUCCUCUUUGUCUCAUCACCUAAUCUCGCCGUCAGCAGUGCGUCUCAGACAGACAUGGAGACGGUCGGCGUCAUCAACACCCGCAAGAUGCGGUACACGGGGCCGGGCCUGCGCUGUCUCAAGUCGGGCGGCCUCCAUCCCCGUCGCGACGCCCUCUGCGCCGACGACGACGACGUAUGCUACCGGGAGCCCUUUUACGGCCGGCCCUGGAGCCAGAGCAAGAUUCGCCUCGUCCCGUGUCCGCCGGCGGCGCAUCCGAAGCGCCGGAUCGGCCACUACCCACUUACAUCGCAACUCGCCGGCUGGGUGCUGGACGCCUUCUCCAACUACCGCCCCUCGAGGGAAUGCAUGGACCUGGUGCGGCCGUUUGGCGCCGAGCUGCACGAGGUCCUCGACACGGAGCGCGCCGCCGGCUCCGGCCUCCACGACCUCGACCUCGUCGAGCUGACGUACCAGGUGACGCUCGAGGUCGGCGGCCAGAUCCUCCUCGCCGCGACGCGCAACGGCAACACGGGCGACAUGCAGCCUGAAUUCCACUCGUCCCAGGCCGCCCACGACGAGCACUUUGCGCCCUGGGGCAGGCUGCUCACGGGCCUGGUGUGCGACCCGCCCAUCAUCUCCCAGUUCCCCUUCUACCUCAUGAUGUGCCAGUCGUUCGGGCUCGAGACGGACUCGCGCCAGGAGAACUACGUCUACUCGGCGCUGACGGGCGUCGACUGGGCCCGGGGCAAGAACGUCUACAGCGAGCGCUUCCGGGCCUUCGAGGAGCGCGCGCGCGCCUCCGUGCCCAACCUCGACGACCGGCUGUCCGGCCAGGACCGGUCCUUCUGGCGCGUCUCGCUCGCCUACCUCGCCGCCAUGAACAGGCUCGAGAACUCGCGCGCCUUUACGACCCCGCGCGUGUCGCACAUCGAGACGGGCCUGGAUCCGCGGCUGCUCAUGGCCGCCCGCGGCUUCGACACCAUCGGCUCGGCGUACAUGUGCAGCGACGGCGCCGCGUACCUGGACAACGCCGGCAUGGACGCCCUCGUCGGGUCCGCCGUGCCCAACGACGUCAUGGACCUGCACACGGACAUCUACACGGGCGAGACGCGCAACCUCCUGCGCCUGCUGUACCCCAGCGGCCAGGGCCUCGACGCGGCCAUGGCCACCAUGGCCACGGUGCUCUCGGGCAUGCUGUGCGAGCUGUUCCGCGGCCACAAGCUCGCCCGCUUCGGGGGCCGCGAGGACGGCCGCAUCGCCGCCACCUCGCCGCCCUACAGCUUCUGCCGCGCCCGCCACCGCCGCAUCUUCGAGGUGCUCGAGGCGUAUAUCUCCAGGUACCCCGACUUUUGGCGCUGGACCUGGGCCAUCCUCCGCCGCGCCAAGAGCCAGAUCACAGAGGCCGGCCUCGACGAGCUGCUCGUCGAGGCGCUGGGCCGGGCUGUCCGCCGGGCGCCGCUGCCGGACGCGCCCUACAACGCCUUCUUCGACAGCUACUUUGACAUGGUGGAGGGGAGCCAGGAGCCCGGACGGCUGAGCAGGACGCUCGGCGUGCAGGACGAGCUGGCCGACAUUGUGCGCCGCAUCCACGACCUGUGGCACGGCCGGCUCCUGGACCCUGACAAGAAGCCGGGCUGGGGCCGCAGGUUUGACGACGAGUCGGACGCUCUGUUCCGGCAGGCUGGCGAGUUUCUUGGCGGCAAGGGCGGCAUCACCGCCGAGGUGUACAAGUUUGCCAUUGCGUACGGCCGGCUGAGCAUGUCGCUGCCGUAUAUUGCCUACCACACGGUUGACGCCAUUAUUCUGUCGUACGGCACUUUGUGA